ACAGGAGAUCACAGUAUCCAUUCGAAAUCAGGGGACAAAAGUGUGCUUAGGAAAACGUCUGCAUUUCAGACUUUUUCAUCCCCACGAGAGUUUAACAGGUGCGUUAAUUCAAAAUCCCUAUGUUAUUUCCCCAUAGGAAAAAUCGCCAGAUACCGGAUGUCAAAGAUGGCAAUGUUUCAUCCAAUACAACAGGUGGCGACAUACGGCUGCAUAACACAGCACACUCGUGCUACGUUGGAGGAAGUAAAAUGCGCACGCGCAGUUAGAAAACCGGUGUACAAGCUUAGCAAGCUGGCGAAAUGCCAUCAGAUGCCAGUAGCCAGAAUUCGGCGACGACUUCAGAAAUAUUACAUUAAACAAAACACUGAGCAGACACUCUAUGUAGUUCUUAACUAAACAUUUAAAUCAGUCUGGCUAGAACUACAUCAGGCGCUCCCUGGCGGCAGAAGGUUAACGUUACUGAUGCUGAUGGAGAGUUGAGAAGCCCCUGUCGGAGUGAACUUCAGAUACAACACGCAAACUAUUUAUGUCUGAGGUCGAGAGGCAGAUGGCACCAUUGCUGGAGGUCCAUGGGGAUUCAGAAGAGAAGUAAUGCAAAUUCCAUAAGGAUAUAGAAUGCUGAACAGGGAAGAGAUCUGUAUAAGGUUGGCCAUGCACCCGCCUCUGCCCCCCUCCACAGUCCGUGAGCUGGUGCGCUCGUGCCUGCAGCGCGACCCUGUGGCCGCGGACCUACGGCUCAGUCUCUUCCUGGCCGCUGUGCAGAGCUACAAACGUGACUCCAUGCUCCGACCAUUCCCACCUCUCUAUUUGACGGGGGACAGCAAAGACUUUGAAUCGCUGCUGAAGGAUGCCAGCUCGCUGCCCGGUGUGCGGGAGCUGGUGCGGGUGAACGCGGGUGAGGAGGAGGCCCACCUGGCGCUGGUCCACUGGGUUCUGUCCUCCAAGAGCUUCGCCAUCAAGACAAUGCAGAAGGAGGAGUAUGCCAGGCUUUGUAACCUGACGGAGAGCUCCGGGGUCUCUGCUCCAGUGCCGGACUUCCUGUUUGAAGUGGACUACUGUGAGCAGAUGAACUCUAAGUUUGAGAAGGCGCGCGAUGGCCGCGACCUCAUCUACGCCUUCCAUGGCAGCCGGCUGGAGAACUUCCACUCCAUCCUGCACCACGGCCUACACUGCCACCUCAACAAGACAUCUCUCUUUGGAGAGGGCACCUACCUGACCAGCGACCUGAGCAUGGCCCUGCUUUAUGGUCCCCACGGCAACGGCUGGCGGGAUAGCCUGCUGGGGCCGGUGCUCAGCUGCAUCGCCCUUUGUGAGGUCAUCGACCACCCCGACGUCAAAUGCCAGGUGAAGAAGAAAGACUCGGAGGGGGUCGACCGGCAGCGGCUGCGGGCCAGGAACAGCGAGGGGGGCGACGUACCGGAGAAGUACUUUGUUGUGACCAACAACCAGCUAGUGAGGGUCAAAUACCUGCUGGUCUACUCCCAGCAGCGCCACAGAACCAGACACUCUGCGGUGCCUUCAUGGUUGGUGCGCCAUCACUUCUUCAUCAUGAUGAGUCUCUACCUGCUGCUCCUCAUCCUUAUCGGUGCCUUCAACUCCUCCACAUUCCAGUCCUUCUGGCAUCGCGCCUUCCGAUGACACUGACCAGUACAGACACACACACACACACACGCACACAUAUAUAUAAAUAUAUACACACACACACAUACAUACAUACAUACAUACAUACAUACAUACAUACAUACAUACAUUAUACACACACACACUGCUCGCACAAAGCAUUUCACACACAAUACAUACACAGUACACACACGCAGCCUACAGAUGUCUCCCACACACACCUCUCAUCCAAAGUGCCUUCCGCCCCUUCCACACACAGAUUCACAGACACACAGACACACAGACACACAGACACACAGACACACAGACAC